AUGUAACAAUCAAAAUUAAAUAAAUCAUCCUUGUAACAACAAUCAAUAAAAGUAUAUGUAAGAGUAAGGCCUUUAUUGAAAAAGGAGUUGGGAUAGGAAUGCAUAAUUAAAACUGAUCAAGUAGUAAUUUGUUCCUAAAAAAUAGCAAAAAUAUGUAGUGAUUGAGCAAUCUACACAUAUACUUAAGUAGGAAUAUGAUUAAGUGUUUGAUGAGAAAGUGUCGUAGGAAGAAAUAUUCAAAUUCAUAUCUCCGACCAUUCAUAAAGCACUGUAAGGGUACAAUACAACAAUUAUGGCAUAUGGACAAACAGGCAGUGGUAUUUCUGUAGUACUUAAACAGGUAAAACACAUACAAUGUUUGGAAGUGACUGGGAAUAUUCACUGAAUAUUAGUUUGGGCCAUUAAUCGACAUUCAUUGAUGAUUUAUAAACAGAUUAGAAUCAUGCAGGUAUGAUACCUAGAACUAUUUAUACUCUGUUUAAUAAUUUACAAUAAGGGUAUUAUGUUUACUGUUCAUUCUUGUAAAUAUACAAUGAGAAGAUUUAUGACUUAUUGCAGGAUCACAAAGUACCUCAAGCUCUAUAGAUUCAUGAAUCAAAAACGGAAGGGAUUUAUGUUGGUAAAUAUAAUCAAGGAUUUUAGAAUAAUUGACUGAAUAUGCAGUGAAUAAUUUAUACGAUUGUUUAACAUUGAUGAAGAGAGGAGAGAAGAACAGAAUGAUCAGACAAACCACAAUGAAUUUAAAGUCAAGUAGAAGUCACACUAUAUUUCAAUUACUGAUUGAAACAAGCAAGGCUGAUUCAGGUGGUUAGUUGUUGAGAUCCAAAAUCAAUUUAUGUGAUUUAGCUGGUUCGGAGAAGAUUAAUAAAUAAGAUUCAAUGACCAGUGCUCACUUGAAUGAAUUAAAGAGCAUCAAUUAAUCUCUCACCACUUUAGGAAAGGUGAUCCAAAAUUUAUCUCAAAACAAUAAAAACAUUAACAAAUUGCCAAUCCCAUACAGAGAAUCAAAGAUCACAAGAUUAUUGUAAGAUAGUCUUGGUGGGAAUACAUUAACUAAUAUAUUUGUGAAUGUUGCUCCAAAUAUUUACAAUAUAGAUGAGACUGCUAAUUCAUUGAAAUUUGCUUAACGAGCUCGAAAUAUUACUCAAAUAGUGUAAGCGAAUUCAAUUAAUGCAACAGAUCAAGAAUUGGUUAAUAAAUUAUUAAAAGAGGUAGAUAAUAUAAUUGAAUAUAGAUUGACUAUUUGAAACAGUUGCUUAAUAUGAAGAGAAAAGGAUUGAAUAGCAAUGACAUUCAUUUCAAGUUGAUGAAAAUCUAAGAAGAGAAUGAGAGAUUGAGAUAAGCAAAUUUAUCAGUGAAUGAAGUCGAGAAAUUGAUGUAAGAAAAUAGGAAGAUGAGGGAGGAAUUAUAAAAGUUGUAAUCUUAAUCUCAUGAAAACUCUGAAAGUUCUCACUUGAUGAAACAUGGGUCUGAGGAAGGAUUUUCAGGAUCAGAAAUUGAUAAACAAUACAAUACCUAUUAGUAGACGUAGCUCUCGAAUAAUGGUCUAUUGAUAGUGAGCAAUCCAAGCAUGCAGAAGACUGAGGUGACUGUUCGUUAUAAGGAUAGAGGAAAUAAAGUGUAAACCAAGUUGGGGUAUGUGGAAGCUAGUGAAUAGAUGUUGCAAAGGGAAAAGAGAUUGAUGAGUGAGAGGAAAAGAGUAAUUGAGAGAUUAGAAUUGUUGGAGUAGUUGUAAUUCAAGAAUAAUCUGAAUUCUUCCAUGCCAUUAAAUGGAAAGUUUCCAAAACCUUCAAAGAAAAACUCAUAUAAUUAGUUAAAUAGGACUGUGGAAGAGGAGAGGAUAAGUCUACCAAAAUUAAAGAUUGCAGAAAGGAAACUAAUUCAUGAUUAAUUAAUAUGA